UUAACUGCAAAGAGAAGUGAGAGAGUGGACCAACGUUUAUGCUUUGAAUGGUUUGAUUUGCGGUGGAAAUGGUGUGUGAUAUUUCCUUGAAAUAGAAGUCGCCAAUUCACAGCUUUUCAGCUCGCAAUCUCUUCCUCACCAGGUAAAGACUAGAGAAUACUGAUUGAUUAGACUAUCGGCAUGUUCCGUCGCAGAAAUAAUUCUCACCAUGAGCAGGGGGCUGAUGAGCAGCUGCAGAAGGUUAAUGAACUUAGGACUUCUCUCGGGCCACUCUCGGGCCGCAGCUUGCAGUACUGCACUGAUGCAUGCUUAAAGAGGUAUUUGGUAGCAAGGAGCUGGAAUGUGGAUAAGGCAAAGAAGAUGCUGGAAGAGACGCUUAAAUGGAGGGCAACAUUUAAACCUGAAGAAAUUCGCUGGCAUGAAGUUGCAAUGGAAGGGGAGACUGGAAAGUUAUUCAGAGCAGGCUUCCAUGAUCGCCAUGGCAGGACUGUUCUUAUAUUGAGACCAGGAAUGCAGAAUACAACAUCAAUCGAGAACCAGAUGAAGCAUUUGGUGUAUCUCAUAGAAAAUGCUAUAAUUAAUCUUCCAGAAGGUCAAGAACAGAUGGCAUGGUUGAUAGACUUCACAGGAUGGUCUAUAACCAAUAACGUUCCUAUCAAAUCUGCUAGGGAUACCGUCAACAUAUUGCAAAACCACUAUCCGGAAAGACUAGCUGUGGCAUUUUUAUACAGCCCUCCGCGAAUAUUUGAAGCAUUUUGGAAGAUUGUCAAAUAUUUUCUGGAUCCCAUUACCUUUCAGAAGGUCAAAUUUGUGUAUCCAAAGAACAAGGAUAGCGUGGAACUGAUGAAAUCAUACUUUGAUAUGGACAAUCUCCCAACUGAAUUCGGGGGUAAAGCAACGCUGAAUUAUGACCAUGAGGAGUUCUCCAGGCUAAUGGCGCAGGACGACAUCAAAACUGCCAAAUGGUGGGGUUUUGAGAAGAGCCACACCAUUGCCAAUGGCUUAUCUAGCUCAGAAGUUGCUCCUGAGCCGAAUCGUCUCGCCUCACCAGCUGAAGCCUGAUAAUGCCUUACUCCAGACACCAGAAUUCUGGUGUUCCUAACUCAGUUCAAACAAUAAUUUACAAAUAUUUGCUCUGAAGCACAUCCUUCAGGUAUUAUGUGUUAUUGUGUAACUUUAUGAGAAGCUUAAUAUACUUCAUGGCAGCUGGAAUGCCUAAAACUAGGUGAUAUGAUACUUCUUGUAAAACUGCGAGCUUAAAAGCCUAUAAUGAGUAAAGCUAAAAAUUCUCUCAUCC